GGCUCUCCCCCCUCUUCAAAGGCCAAGCAGGACUCAGGCUCCCUCUCCUUCUCCUCAACCGAUGGCCGUCAGCGAGCUCCCUGGGCACUGAGGGAGCCCUCCACACCUUCCCUGCGGCGGCCAUGAAGCCUUUCAGGGGCCCAAACACAGCCAACGGAGGAGGAGGAAGAGGCGGGAAAGAUAUUCUUGAUGAUUUUGGCGAUCUGGCUGAGGUGCUUGGUGAGUUUGACGCUGUGAUAGAGGACUUCUCUUCUCCCAUAAACAAGCAUCACUUCCAAUAUGAAGAGCAUCUGGAGAGGAUGAAGCGACGGAGCAGCGCCAGCGUCAGUGACUGUAGUGGCAUCAGUGACUCUGAAAGUGCAGAUUCACUCUGCAGAAACAGUUUCAGCUUCAGUGAUGAAAAACUAAAUUCUCCAACACUGUCCACUCCAGCUGCCUCUGCUCCAACAACAAUUUCUCAAAAAGCAAAGCUUGGAGAUACAAAAGAGCUAGAAGACUUUAUUGCUGAUCUUGACAAGACCUUGGCAAGUAUGUGAGAUGCUGCUUUGACAUAAUACAUGCCCCCAAAAGGAUGAGGCAGAGUCUGGCCUGAUAUCUACUCCAUGCAUUAUUUGAUGCAACAGAGACCAAUAUUCUCAUUUCCCAGGCAUGUUACAAGACAUCUCCUCUUAAAUGUUUAAGUAGCCACAACUGUUGUCUUUUUCUGAAAACAGAUUCAAAUAACAAGUAUGUCCAUCCUGUACUUUUUCAUCAAAUAAUAGCUUAAUAUUAAUUUAAAAGUGCUUUUAUGGGGGAAAAUUGUAAUUUUGUAUAGUUAACUUUAAUACUCUUUACAAUAUAUUUUUGUAUACAAAUAAAAACCUGAACUGGAAUU